AUGGUGGAUCGGGCGGUUUUUCUCUGCUUAUCUUUGUUCUUCCUGCUUUCGGGCUGCCCGUUAGGGCAGCGAAUUUCGAUUUCCGGGCAGGACAGGUCGUCUUUGCUCGAGUUGAGAUCUUCGUUAGGGUUGCGGGCCAGGGAAUGGCCCAUAAAAUCCGACCCGUGCGCGUCGUGGGUCGGAAUCCAGUGCUCCGGCGGCAGAGUCACCGGAAUAAGCAUCUCCGGCUUCCGGAGGACGAGAAGGGGCAGUCGAAACCCUCAAUUCUCGGUCGAUGCCCUCCGUAAUCUGACCCUUUUGUCCUCUUUCAACGCCUCGAAUUUCGCGCUACCCGGCUCGAUCCCAGAAUGGCUCGGCUCGGAGCUCGGCGCACUCCAGGUGCUCGAUCUCAGGUCUUGCUCCGUCAACGGCGUUAUUCCGGCAACCCUCGGCAAUUUGAGCGGCUUAGUCGAGCUGUAUUUGUCCAACAACAACCUCACAGGCGUGAUUCCGUCGAGUAUAGGCCAGUUAACGUCUCUCAAUGUGCUCGAUCUCUCGCAGAAUAUGCUCACCGGCCAAACUCCGGCACCCUUCUCCGUACUGCGGAACCUCACUGUACUCGAUUUGUCGUCGAAUUUCUUGUCGGGACCAAUUCCUCCUGAAAUCGGGACAUUUUCCGGUUUACAGUUCUUGAAUCUAUCGAGGAACAGCUUCUCCUCUUCGAUUCCCACACAACUUGUCAGCCUUUCCAGCUUGAUCAACCUUGAUCUCGCUUUCAAUUCUCUGUCGGGUCCUUUGCCAGCGGAUUUUCGAGCCCUCAGAAACCUCCGGCGGUUGUUAAUCGGGAGCAAUUUCCUUACAGGACAGCUGCCUGAUACGCUUUGGUCGAUUCCGUCAUUGCAGUUUCUCGACGUGUCUGGUAACAACUUCACCGGUAUACUGCCGAGUAACACCACUCCAAGUCCAAGGCUUACUAAUGAUAGUAGUGCCUCAGUGUUAAAUAUAUCCCGAAACUCGUUUUACGGAAGUAUAACUCCCCUUAUCACGAGGUUUAGCUCCGUAGACUUGUCGGGAAAUUACUUCGAAGGCGCUAUCCCAAUCUACGCGCGUGGGCCCACGCAAUUCCUCGACCGGAAUUGCCUCCGGAACUUGACAACUCAGAGGAGCCUAGCCGAGUGCUCCUCGUUUUACGCCGAGCGGAAUUUAGUUUUCGAUAAUUUCGGGCAGCCAAACGCGCCUCUGCCACCUCAUCGUCCGGGCAGGAGGAGCCGUAGAUCGGUCGUUUUACUAGCUUCUGUAUUGGGAGGAAUCGGGCUAAUUGGGAUUCUUCUACUUAUUAUCAUGUUGUUUAUCAUCGUGUGCAAGCGCAGGCGGGCCCGGACGAGCCAGAGGGGUGUCGUCACCGUUGGGCCUGUCCCUGCAGGCUCGCCGCCGCCGCCUGAAGGCCAGAUUCUGGAUUUCACGAGCCUCGGGGAAAAGUUCGCGUAUGAGAAGAUUCUCGAGUUCACUGGCGAUUUUAACGAGAAGAAUUUAUUGAAAAAGGGGCACUCGGGCGAUUUGUACCGUGGGGUGCUCGAGGGCGGGGAGCCUGUAGUCGUGAAGAAGUUCGACCUAAGCUCGUCUGUUAAGAAAGAGUCAUACGCUUCGGAAUUGGAGCUUUUCAGUAAAGUCUCGCACCCUCGACUGGUUCCUCUCGUGGGGCAUUGUUUGGAGAAGGAGGAUGAGAAGUUUUUGGUGUACAAAUACAUGCCGAAUGUUGAUUUGUCGAGCUCUCUGUUUAGGAAGGUGGGCCCGGACGGGAGUUUGCAGUCGUUGGAUUGGAUAACGAGGCUGAAGAUCGCGAUCGGGGCAGCUGAGGGGCUUUCUUACCUGCAUCACGAGUGUAAUCCGCCGCUCGUUCACAGAGAUGUUCAAGCCAGCAGCAUACUUCUCGAUGAUAAGUUCGAAGUUCGGUUAGGAAGUUUGAGUGAGGUUUGUGCUCAGGAAGGUGAUAUUCAUCAAAGUCGGAUUACAAAGUUUCUUCGGUUGCCACAGUCAUCGGACCAAGGUUCUUCAGGCACGCCUAACGCGACAUGCGCGUACGACGUUUACUGUUUCGGGAAAGUCCUGCUCGAGCUCGUGACCGGAAAACUCGGCCCUGAUUCCUCCACCAAGGAUUGGCUCGACUCCACCCUUCGCCACAUCAGCAUAUACGACAAGGACCUCGUGACCGACAUCUUGGACCCGACCCUUAUGAUCGACGAGGACCUUCUUGAAGAGGUUUGGGCCAUGGCCAUCGUGGCCCGUUCGUGCCUCAACCCAAAGCCGAAUAGGCGGCCCUUAAUGCGAUAUAUCCUCAAGGCCUUGGAAAACCCCUUAAAAGUCGUGCGAGACGAGCAGCAGCACACGAGCUCGGAGCGGAGGGGCUCGUGGAAUGCUGCAUUGUUCGGAAGCUGGCGGCACAGCUCGUCUGACGUGGCGGCUCAGCCAGCGGCGGUGGCCGCUGCCACAUCAGCGAUUAAAGUGGAGGAAUCGAGCAGUGGGAAGAGGUCCGGGAUGAGUGGAUCCCUUAAUGGUGGUGAUAAUAAUAAUAAUGGAAACUCGUCAUCGGCCAGGAAGAGUUCGAAGGAUAUAUUUCCCGAGCCUUUGGAGGAAGGGUUGGUUUGA